AUGGCAACAUUCGGUGGCAUUACUGAUGUGCCUGGGGCUUCCGAGAACGUCGAGAUUCAAGAUCUCGCUCGCUAUGCUGUUGAAGACCACAACCAUAAACAGAACGAUACUCUGCAAUAUCUGAGGGUGAUCAGUGCAAAGCAACAGGUCGUCAAAGGGAUAAACUACUUUAUCACUUUGGAAGCAAGAAGGGGUGGACUCCUAUUCGUGUAUGAAACCAAAGUGUGGGUAUUCUCCUCCAACAUCAAGGAGGUGCUGGAAUUCAACCCCGUUGUUGAUUCUACAACAAACACUGAAACCGGUCAAAUUUUCGAUGUUCCUCCUGACAGCAUCGAAAUAGAAAAUGUUGCUCGCUUUGCUGUUGAUCAAUACAACAAAGAUGAGAAUGCAAAUCUGGUGUUUGUGAGGGCGAUCCAUGCAAAGAAACAGGUUGUGCAAGGAUUCAACUACUUCAUAACCUUGGAAGCAAAGGAUGGUGACAGUAAAAACGUGUAUGUAACCAAAGUGUGGGAAUUCUUGAGCUCCAAGCAUCUGUUAGAAUUCUACGCCCUCCUCGAUAAUGGUACAACAGUAACCAAAACAGGUCAAAUUUUCGAUGUUCCUCCUGGUAGCAUCGAAAUAGAAAAUGUUGCUCGCUUUGCCGUUGACCAAUACAAUAAAAAAGAGAAUACAAAUCUGGUGUUUGUGCGGGCAAUCCAAGCAAAGAAACAGGUUGUACAAGGGUUCAACUACUUCAUAGCCUUGGAAGCAAAAGAUGGCGAGAUCACAAGAAAGUAUGGAACCAAGGUGUGGGAAUUCAUGAACUCCAAGCAGUUGUUGAAAUUCCACAUCCUCCUCGAUUAUGGUACAACAUUAACAAAAACAGGUCAAAUUUUUGAUGUUCCUGCGAACACCGUUGAGAUCGAAAAUGUUGCUCGCUUUGCUGUUGACCAAUACAACAAAAAUGAGCAUGCAAAUCUAGUGUUUGUAAGGGCGAUCCAUGCAAAGAAACAGGUUGUCCAAGGGUUCAACUACUUCAUAACUUUAGAAGCUAAAGAUGGUGAUAUUAUAAAAGUUUAUGAGACCAAAGUGUGGGAAUUCUUGAAUUCUAAGGAGUUGUUAGAAUUUCAUGUCCUCAUCAGUAAUGGUACAACGUCAACCGAAACAGGUCAAAUUUUCGAUGUUCCUGCCGACAGCGUCGAAAUAGAAAAUGUUGCUCGCUUUGCUGUUCACCAACACAACAAAGAUGAGCAUGCAAAUCUGGUGUUUGUGAGGGCGAUCCAUGCAAAGAAACAGGUUGUACAAGGGUUUAACUACUUCAUAACCUUGGAAGCAAAAGAUGGUGAGAUCAAAAGAAAGUAUGAAACCAAGGUCUGGGAAUUCUCGAACUCCAAGCAGCUGUUGGAAUUCCACAUCCUCGUCGACAAUGGUACAACAUCAACACAAACGGGUCAAAUUUUUGAUGUUCCUGCCAACACUGUCGAAAUAGAAAAUGUUGCUCGCUUUGCUGUUGACCAAUACAACAAAAACAAGCAUGCAAAUCUGGUGUUUGUGAGGGCGAUCCAUGCAAAGAAGCAGGUUGUGCAUGGGUUCAAUUACUUCAUAACCUUGGAAGCAAAAGAUGGUGAUAUUAUACAAGUUUAUGAAACAAAAGUGUGGGCAUUCUCAAACUGUAAGGAGUUGUUGGAGUUUCAUCUCUUCGUCAGUAAUGGUUUAACGUUAACAAAAACAGGUCAAAUUUUUGAUGUUCCUGCCGACAGCAUCGAAAUAGAAAAUGUUGCUCGCUUUGCCGUUGACCAAUACAAUAAAAAAGAGAAUACAAAUCUGGUGUUUGUGCGGGCAAUCCAAGCAAAGAAACAGGUUGUACAAGGGUUCAACUACUUCAUAGCCUUGGAAGCAAAAGAUGGUGAGAUCACAAGAGUGUAUGGAGCCAAGGUGUGGGAAUUCUUGAAAUCCAAGCAGUUGUUGGAAUUCCACAUCCUCCCCGGUUAUGGUACAUCAUUAACAAAACCAGGUCAAAUUUUCGAUGUUCCUGCAAACACUGUUGAAAUAGAAAAUGUUGCUCGCUUUGCCGUUGAACAACACAACAAAAAAGAGCCUGCAAAUCUGGUGUUUGUGAGGGCGAUCCAUGCAAAGAAACAGGUUGUCCAAGGGUUCAACUACUUCAUAACUUUGGAAGCAAAAGAUGGUGAUGUUAUAAAAGUUUAUGAAACCAAAGUGUGGGAAUUCUCAAACUCCAAGGAGUUGUUGGAAUUCAAGCUUCUCAAGGGUGCCGUUUGA